CCGCAAUAUUUAAUUACGCCAUAGUUAAAAUCACCGCUAAAUUUGUAUGGAAAAUUUUUUGACUGUGCGCAAGGGCAGCGAAACAAGCAAAGGCCAGUUUAAUAAAAAUUGGAAAAAAAAAUUCUUUCAAAUUUCUUCAUCUUACAAGACUUAAUAGUAACCAACCUUUAAAUCAACAAUGGCUAUCUCUAAGAACUUACCAUUAUUAAAGAACCACUUCAGAAAGCACUGGCAAGAAAGAGUCAAGGUUCACUUUGACCAAGCCGGUAAGAAGGCUUCUAGAAGACAAGCUAGAUUAGCCAAGGCUGCCAAAUUUGCUCCAAAGCCAAUCGAUACUUUAAGACCAGUUGUUAGAGCCCCAACUGUUAAAUACAACAGAAAGGUUAGAUCUGGUAGAGGUUUCACUUUAGCCGAAUUAAAGGCUGUUGGUUUAACUGCCAAAUACGCCAGAACUAUUGGUAUUUCUGUUGACCACAGAAGACAAAACAAGGCUCAAGAAACUUUCGAUGCCAAUGUUGCCAGAUUACAAGAAUACAAAUCUAAGAUUGUCAUCAUUGACAACAAGAACAAGUCUGAAUCUUUCGAACAAGUUUCUACUGCUGCUACCUUCCCAGUUGUCCAACCAACUCCAGAAUCUGCUCCAAGAGCUGUUGAAGUUCCAGAACAAUCUGCUUUCAGAACUUUAAGAUUAGCUAGAUCUGACAAGAAAUACAAGGGUAUUAGAGAAAAGAGAGCUAAGGAUAAGGCUGAAGCUGAAGCUGAAAAGAAGAAAUAAGCGAAUUAAUUAAUUAAACAUCACACAUCAUAUCAUUUACCACCAAUCCCAUCAUUAUAAUAUCAUAUCAUUAUAAACGUUUUAAUUACUUUUUUUAUAUUUCCAACCUAUUUCAUACUUCCAAAUGUAUUUAUCAUAAAUCCAUAUACACUUAAUUUCUUGGGGGGUUAUUGUCUAAGAAAUUUGUCCAAUAUCUAUCCAUAUAUAAUGAUCUUCGAACUAGGGUUAACUAAUUUCUUUAUCAUUAUUGCCAGAUUUUUUUAAAGUUUUUUUUAAAAAGAUAAUCAUCUAUAUGUAUAUAUUGAAUUAUGUAUAUAUGUAUAACACCAAUAAAAAACUAUUAUUCUCGUGAAAUAAUUUAUUAGUAUCAUUUCGUAUUGACUUGUAGAAAUCAUUAAUUGCGAAUAAUUUAAUUAACAGUUCGGAAACUUACAAACUU